AUGGUCACCAUGGCCUCUCAGCUUCUCGGGUUGGAAGAAGAGUCUGGCCCAAACCCUGAGGAGUCUGAAUUGGCUGUGAACCCCUUUGACGGGCUCCCCUUCUCCUCCCGCUACUACAAACUACUUGAGCAGCGCCGAUCCUUGCCUGUCUGGGCUGCUCGCUUUAUCUUCUUGGAGCACUUGGAGAGUAGCCCCAGUGGAGUGGUACUGGUGUCUGGAGAGCCUGGUUGCGGCAAGAGCACCCAGAUCCCACAGUGGUGUGCAGAGUUUGUGCUGGCAAGAGGUUUCCAGAAGGGCUGGGUAACUGUGACUCAGCCUUACCCUCUAGCAGCCCUGAGCUUGGCCCUGCGAGUUGCUGAUGAAAUGGACCUGACCCUGGGUCAUGAGGUUGGAUACAGCAUCCCCCAAGAAGACUGCACUGGGCCUGACACUCUGCUAAGGUUCUGCUGGGACAGGCUGCUUCUGCAGGAGAUGGCCUCAACCCCGGGCACUGGAGCCCAGGGUGUGCUGGUCCUGGAUGAGGCUCAGGAGCGGUCAGUGGCCUCAGAUUUGCUCCAGGGACUCCUGCGAGAUGCCAGGCUGGGAAGCCGUCCAGGGGACCUCAGAGUGGUUGUAGUUACCGACCCAACCCUUGAACCUAAGCUGCAAGACUUCUGGGGCAAUCCUCCUAUUGUGUGUGUCUCCAGAGAGACUGGCAGCUGUCCCGCUCCGGUCUACAGGGACUCUCUCCCUACUGACCGAGUAGAAGCUGCCUGCCAAGCUGUGCUUGAACUGUGUCGGAAGGAGGCUCCAGGAGAUGUGCUAGUGUACCUGCCCAGUGAGGAGGAAAUUUCUCUGUGCUGUGAGUCCUUGUCCAGGAAGGUAGGGUCCUUGGAAAACCAAGGGCCCCCACCACGGGUGCUGCCCCUUCACCCAGGCUGUGGACAAGCUGUUCAGGCUGUGUACGAGGACACAGAAUCAGGUGCCCGGAAGGUUGUGGUCACUCACUGGCUGGCCGACUUCUCCUUUUCCCUCCCCUCCAUCCGACAUGUCAUUGACUCAGGACUGGAGCUUCGAAGUGUUUACAGUCCUCAGAUCCGAGCAGAAUCUCAAGUGUUGAGACCAGUCAGCAAGUGUCAGGCAGAGGCAAGACGACUACGGGCAGCAGGGAUCCCACCAGGAUCCUGCCUCCGCUUGUAUCCUAAGUCCUUCCUAGAACUAGAGGCUCCCUGCCUGCCCCAGCCCAGAGUGUGGGCAGAGAAUUUGAGCCCCCUGAUGUUACUACUAAAGAGGAGACAGAUUGCAGAGCCAGGGAAGUGUCACUUCCUGGACCGGCCUGCUCCAGAAGCACUGAUGCAGGCCCUGGAAGACUUAGACUAUCUGGCUGCCCUGGAUGAUGAUGGGGACCUGUCAGACCUGGGAGUUAUCCUAUCAGAAUUUCCCCUGGCCCCUGAGCUGGCCAAAGCCCUGCUGGCCUCGUGUGAGUUUGACUGUGUCGAUGAGAUGCUCACCCUGGCCGCCAUGCUCACUGCUGCCCCCGGGUUUACUCGUCCUCCACUCUGUGCAGAAGAAGCUGCCCUGCGUCGAGCGCUAGAACACGUGGAUGGUGAUCACAGCUCUCUGAUCCAAGUGUAUGAAGCCUUUAUACAGAGUGGAGCAGACAAGGCUUGGUGCCAGGCUCGGGGUCUAAACUGGGCAGCAUUGUGCCAGGCCCGUAAACUUCGGGGAGAACUCCUAGAACUCAUGCAACGGAUUGAACUUCCCUUGUCUCAACCAGCCUUUGGAUCUGAGCAGAAUCGCAGAGACCUUCAGAAAGCGCUGGUGUCAGGAUACUUCCUUAAGGUGGCCCGAGACACAGAUGGAACUGGAAAUUACCUGCUUCUAACCCAUAAGCAUGUGGCCCAGCUGUCCCCAUACUGCUGCUACAGAAGCCGAAGGGCUCCUGCCAGACCCCCACUGUGGGUGCUUUACCACAGUUUCUCCAUUUCCAAAGACAACUGUCUUUCCAUUGUUUCUGAAAUUCAGCCACAGAUGCUGGUGGAAUUGGCUCCUCCAUACUUCCUGAGUAACUUACCCCCUAGUGAGAGCAGAGACUUCCUGAACCAGCUGAGGGAAGAAAGGACAGAUUCUUCAACCAGGAGUGAAUCUUCCUCCACCCAAGAACUUGAAAAUGCCUGUCUCCUGCAGUGACCUGCCUAUGGGGUGAAGUUGAAUUCAUCUCAUCACAUGAGAUCUUCCCUCAGGCUAGCACCUAGGCAGCCAUCCAGAUUUAGAAGCCCAAGGGUCAAAUGUAAAUACUGGAACCUGAGUCCCAAGAAAUGGAGCUGGGAGUGGAGCAAAUUGGUUAAGCCCCAGUCUAUACAGGGUAGGACCGAUUUCUUAGCUUUCUGCUAUUUAUUGAAGAGGAAUUGA